UAGGAAAGUAAAAUUUGUUUCCUAUCCUAAUUCUUCUAGCUAGUGUCGUGUGUUGGCAGAAGCCUUUUGGCUCAAGGUUUUUCUUUGUAUAAGUACUGCUUUGUUUCCUUCAUUAAUAAAGCGAGAGAACAUUGUGCGUAUCUGUGUGUUUUAGCAUGGUACCAGAGCCCUCAAGGCUAAAGAAACUCUAAACCUGUAACCAUGGCAAUAGAUGGUGAAACUCCUCCUCCUACUCCACCUACAAAACUUGACUCAUCCUCACCGUUCUUUGUAGGCCCUCAAGAUCGCCCGGGCGAUUUAAUAACUCCUACGAAAUUGAAGAGAGACAAUUAUGAAGAUUGGGCAGCAGACGUAAGGACAGCUCUCAAAUCUAAGAGAAAGUUCGGAUUUUUGAACGGCACAUACAGAAAACCGGAGCCUCCAUGUACACAAGAUGAUUGGGAAACUUUACAUGCUAUGCUUGUUUCGUGGAUCAUGAACACUAUCGAUCCCGAGGUAAAAACUAACCUAUCUAAAUAUGAUGAUGCGUACCUGUUGUGGAAUCAUCUGAAAUCUCUUUACUCUGUGGUUAAUGGACCUCGAAUUCAACAAUUAAAAUCACGAAUUGCUCGUUGUGAACAAACUGCUACUAUGCCUGUGUCCACUUAUUUUGGUAAACUCAAUGUUUUGUGGGAUGAAUUAGGAAAACAUGAACCUAUCAUUUGCUGCAAGUGUGGAUUGUGUAAGUGUGAAUUAGGGGCUGAACAUGAGAAACGAAGGGAAGAUAAUAAAUUGCAGGAAUUUUUGAUGGGACUUUAUGCUCCGUAUUAUGCCCAAAUACGGUCUAAUUUGUUGUCUUAUUAUCCACUUCCUACCCUUGAGAAAGCUUUUAAUCAAGUAAUACAAGAAGAGAGGGUGAGAUGUGGUGAUGCUGAUGAGGACACGGUGGAAAAGAAGCCCGAAGUGGUCGGCUUUUUCGUGAAUACCCUUGGCCGUGGAAGAGGGCGAGUUGAGAAAGUAGAUAAGUCUGGACUAAUGUGCUCACACUGCAAGAAAUCAGGCCAUGAAUUGGUCAAUUGCUUUGAUCUUCUUGGCUACCCUGAGUGGUGGGAAACUCGCUCACAAGGAAGGGGUAGUACAGGAAGGGGUAGAGGUGGUGGCCGCGGUAAUUCAGGUCGCGGGCAAUCUGUGCGUGCAAAUGUAGCUGACACUGGCAGUGGUGCGCAGCCGGUGGGGCAGCCAUUGUCAACUCCACCUCAUGGAUUUUCUGCAGAUCAGUGGAAAACACUCGUUGCGGCCUUUGGUAAUUCUAAUACUUCUACGGAUCAUUUGAAUGGACCAUCGUUCGAGGGAGCUGAUUGGCACAGGUGAACUAAGGAAUGGACUAUACUAUUUUCGGGAUGUAUCGACUGUGAAGGUGAAUGUGGUGGCUGGUUCGAAGUCUUUGGUCUUGUGGCACGAGCGUUUGGGACAUCCUUCUCAGAAAAUAGUAAAAUUACUUCCUUGUGUUAGUAGUAAUAGUAAAGAAAGUUUGAAUAAAAUGUGUGAAAUAUGCCACAAGGCUCAACACUCUAGAAGUAUGUUUCCUUUAAGUACGAACAAAGCAAAUUGUAUGUUUGGGAUAAUACAUUGUGACUUGUGGGGUCCUUAUAAUACAAUUUCUUCAA